AUGCUUUCCAUCACGCGACGGUGGCUGAAACCGUUUCGAAAUGCACUGAUCAGUGGCAAGGAAGCCGAAAAUUACUCACCUAGAGGCCCAGUGAUUUUCGUUAUCAGCUAUCGGUUACCUCGAUGAGUAGCUCCCUCUCCUCGACUCCUACGAAUUUUGCAGAACCACACCGUCUACUUCGCCGACUGACUUUAAUCCGUCGAAACGUUGAAAUCUGAAUUCUUCGUUCCCUUUUAUCGGGCGUGCACACACCCAUGAAUAUAUUUGAACAUCUUACAGACACCUUUAAUGAAUAUAUCGUAUAAUCGUAGGAGAGAUUUUGACGCAUUUUAUUGCCGCUUUUACGAAUGGAUUGUAGAUUUCCGUGCAUUUAUGAAUAAUUUGAAGAUGCAAAAUAUAAUGUGCUCGAAAUACAAUACGUUCUUAUAACAUUAAAUUACAAAAUCAUUUUUGAAUGAUCUUCAUGAAAAUAUAGAACAGUGCAAACACCUGUAGUUUAAUAAAAGUUGAAACAAGUUUGGAAACGUGUAUGAAAAUUAUAUGUAUAUGUAUUUUUCAGAGGAAACAGAAAUAUUUGAAUAAUCAAUUAGUUGUUCGUGACAAUGGAGUUGCAUUAAGGCACAUUGUAAGGAUAUAAAAAUUUUCUGUAGACACUUUUAACAAUAGUUGUUUGCUAUUUUACAGAUUUCAAUCAGGAUGGCCAGCCAGAUAAUAUUAGCUUCAUGAUCAAACGGAUUAAAGUUCACGGCGAAGACGCACUGAACGAUCCAAGCUAUAGAUAUACUGGAACUUAUGGGGUCGAAGAGUUCCUUGAACUAUUCUCUGGUGAGUAA